AUGAGGGCUGAGCAGGUGCAUGCCCGGCUUGGCAGCUUGGCCUGCGGACUCAUGCUGCUCCUUCUUCCAAGCCAGGGCCAGGACUCCACAAGCCCCAUCAGGACAACACACUCUGGGCAGGUGCGAGGAAGCCUGGUCCAUGUGAAAGGCACCAACGUGGGCGUCCACACCUUCCUGGGCAUUCCCUUUGCCAAGCCACCUCUGGGGCCACUGCGUUUUGCACCUCCUGAACCUGCUGAAGCUUGGAGUGGAGUGAGGGAUGGCACCUCCUACCCAGCCAUGUGUCCACAGAACCUCGAUAUAAUGGGUGUUGUUGCUAAAAAACUGAAUUUCACAAUGUUGUCCAUUCCCAUGUCUGAGGACUGCCUUUACCUCAACAUCUACGCACCAGGCCAUGCCCAUGAGGGCUCCAAGCUGCCUGUGAUGGUAUGGAUCCAUGGAGGUGCAUUGGUUGUAGGCUUUGCUUCGGCAUAUGAUGGCUCCACCCUGGCAGCCUUUGAGGAUGUAGUGGUGGUCACCAUCCAGUACCGCCUGGGCAUCCUGGGAUUCUUCAGCACUGGAGACCAGCACGCCAGCGGCAACUGGGGCUACCUGGACCAAGUGGCUGCACUGCGCUGGGUGCAGCAGAACAUUGCCCACUUUGGAGGCAACCCUGAUCGGGUCACCAUAUUUGGCGAGUCUGCCGGUGGUGUAAGCGUGUCCUCACACGUGCUGUCGCCCAUGUCGCAAGGACUCUUCCACGGAGCCAUCAUGGAGAGUGGGGUGGCUGUGCUGCCUGGCAUCAUCACCAGCUCAUCUGAGACGAUCUCCUCGGUGGUGACCAACCUGUCUGGCUGUGGCCAGGUGGACUCUGAGACCCUGGUGGGCUGCUUGCGGGCCAAGAGUGAAGAGGAGAUCCUGGCAAUGAACAAGGCCUUCAAGAUCAUCUCCGGUGUGGUAGAUGGCAUCUUCUUUCCCAGACACCCCUAUGAGCUGCUGGCCUCUGCUGACUUCCAGCCGGUCCCCAGCAUCAUUGGUGUCAACAACGAUGAGUACGGUUGGAUCCUCCUCAAAUUCUUCGGUGUCAGACACACUGAGGAUGAAAUUAACAGAGUGGCCAUGGAGACACUAAUACAUCAAACAUCUGAGCAGUGGAUGCUGCCUCCUGGUAUAGGGGAACAGUUGGUGGAUGAGUACCUGGGGGACAACAAGGACCCCAAGACCCUCAUGGCUCAGUACCAGGAGAUGAUGGCAGACUCACUCUUCGUGAUGCCAGCGCUCCACGUUGCACAUUUUCAGCGUUCCCAUGCCCCUGUCUACUUCUACGAGUUCCAGCAUUCACCCAGUUUCAUGAAGGACUUCCGGCCACCCCACGUCAAGGCCGACCAUGGCGAUGAAGUGGCUUUUUUCUUCAGAUCAAUUUUCUUUGGGAAAAAAGUGACUCUCACUGAGGAGGAGGAGCUGCUGAGCAGGAGGAUGAUGAAGUACUGGGCCAACUUUGCUCGCACGGGGAACCCCAAUGGCGAGGGCCUGCCACACUGGCCUGUCUUGGACCAGGAGGAGCAGUACCUACAGCUGAGCACACAGCCUGCAGUGGGCCGGGCUCUGAAGGCCCACAGACGCCAGUUCUGGGCACAAACUCUGCCCAAGAAGAUGCAGGAGCUGAUGGGGGCUGAGCAGAAGCACACAGAGCUGUAGCUGCC